UGAAUGCGUUUUUCAGCCGUAGUCGCCGUGCGGCACAGCCACACAACGGUCCGCGGUGGUAUUCACGUCCGUCGCUGCCGGCCAGGUGACACGCUCUUGCCCGACAGUCGUGUACACGUGCGCGUUCUGGUACUUGCGAUGGACUCGUCAUUAUGUCGCACCGUAGACAGGUGACUACUGCGGCAGCUCAUUGUCGGCGACGUGACGUAAUUUGUUGAUCAUGGUUGAACAGUUGUUACAAGAGCGAUGCGGCCGACAACUGUCCACAUGUGUUCGAAUGAAUACAAGAUUAGCUGGAGUGGAGUUCGAAUUCAAUUAUGGCAAACGUCAAAAUUCAAAAAAAUCCGUGGACCAAAGGGAAAGAUCUCACGUUGCUGGGAUAUUUGAUAGAGAACCUAAUGUAGACUUAGAUUUAGAUCUAAAAUACCAUUUACAAACUUGUACAUGUUCAUGCAACCAUAUGGGGUUCGGAAAUUACAUGGAUUAUUAUCAGACCGAAUAUAGCGACAUGCAACAGACAUCGAGGCCAUCUUCUUCUGCAAAUAUCAGACGUGAUAGUUUGUGUAACGGACAAAUACACAACAGACGAGAAUACGAAUCCCCUAAUGGUUCAAUAAAUUCUGAUAGAAGCAGAAAAAGAACUGUGUAUGAAAUACAAGUUCGACCAUGUGCAGGUAUUUUGUUUGUAAUAGUGGGAGUAGUAAUCUUACUUGUUUGGAUUGCAAUGCCUAAUUCUUCGGAAGUACCGGGUGUUCUUACUUCUCACCAAGAAGAAACAUUAGAAGUUAUCCGUCGGAUACUCAAAGAAGUUCCUUUAAUCGAUGGACAUAAUGACUUACCAUGGAAUAUUAGAAAAUUUGUUCACAAUCAAUUGAUGUAUUUCAAUUUUUCAACUGAUCUCAAAACGGUAGAACCAUGGUCAAGAAGCAAUUGGUCACAAACUGAUAUUCCUCGACUUAAAAAAGGAUUAGUUGGUGCUCAAUUUUGGUCGGCUUACGUGCCCUGUGGAAGACAGCACCUGGAUGUUGUCCAAACCACAAUGGAACAAAUCGACGUCAUUAGAAGGCUGGCUGAAAACUAUUCCAACGAUUUACAGCUUGUUACUUCGGUUAAAGGGAUACGAGAAGCACAUAAAGCUAAAAAAAUCGCUAGUCUUAUUGGCGUCGAAGGUGGCCACUCGUUGGGUAACUCUUUAGCAGUUCUUAGAACUUUCCACAGCCUUGGUGCCAGAUAUCUGACGUUAACGCAUACAUGUGAUACAUCAUGGGCGGGAUGUUGUUCCGGCUUAGAAUCACCGGAAAAUAAACAUCAUGGGCUAUCUCCGUUUGGACUGUUAGUUUUAAGAGAACUUAAUCGAUUAGGAAUGAUGGUCGAUCUCAGUCAUACUUCUGUUAGAACAAUGGAAGAUGCACUUAAUCAUACUCUAGCACCUGUGAUCUUUUCACAUUCUUGUGCAUAUGCAUUAUGCACUUCUUUAAGAAAUGUUCCUGAUCACGUGCUCAAAUUAGUGGCCUUAAAUGACGGCAUUGUCAUGGUAAGUUUCUACUCAUACUUCAUCAGCUGUAACUCUACAUCGACGAUGGAACAAGUUAUUGCUCAUAUAAAUCACAUUAAAAAUGUGGCUGGAGAAGAUCAUGUUGGAUUAGGUGCUGGUUAUGAUGGAAUAAAUCACACUACACAAGGACUUGAGGAUGUAUCACAUUACCCGUUACUGUUAGCAUCAUUAAUGGCCAAUCAUUCAUGGACUGAAGACCAAGUAAAGAAAUUGGCUGGAAACAACUUGUUAAGAGUAUUUUCAAAAGUUGAAAAAGUAAGAGAUGAAUGGAAAGAAGACGGCAUGAAGCCGAUGGAAGACAUACUACUUCCAUUGAACAAAGAACCACUUUUACCAAAUUGUACAGAUGGUUAUAAUACGACUUAGCGUUUUACUUAUUGUUUAACAUUGAAUAUGUAGAGUUUUUAUACAAACUUGGCAUAUACUAUUGAUUUAAAUUGUGUUAAACUACUAAAAAAACUAUAGAAGUUUAACAUCACCACAUUAUUACAUAUUUCCAAAAACAAAAUAGAACUUGAUAUUAUAUUAGUAUAUUUACAUUGGUGUGUUCACAAAGUCAGAUCUAAAUUUGAAUUAUUAAAUGUUAAACAUUGUACAAUUUCAUAGUUAAAAUACAAUUUAGGAAAAAUUAAUUGUAAUAAUAAUAGUUUUAUAAAAUGUUGAAAAAUUUAAUUUUUAAUUAAAAACUUAAUUUAAUUAUUAAGGUAAUUUGUUGGGGUCUAAAUUAUGCAUAUUUAUAUUAAACCCACUUUCCAAAAUGUUUUUUAAUGGAUUUCACAGAGUAAUUUCUGAUUAAUUUUAUUUCUAUAACAAUUUAAGAAAUACAGAUGCAGAAACAGUUUUUUAUGGAGUGUAUAGAAAAUACCAUGAGUAUAAUUAUGGUUUUCCAUCGUGAAUUCUAUAGCUAUUUGUUGGUUACAUUUCAGUGAUCAUUAUUUAUAAAAAUUAAAAAAUAUAUUAAAUAAAUAUCUUCAAAAAAAAUUUAUAUAUUAACAAAAUAUUAAACAUGUUCAAUUAUAUGUCACAAAAUUAUAAUACGAAAUAGAUAAUUUUGUUUAAUAUUGGUAAACUUUUUAAUAAAAGUGUAGCAUAAUUAUUUGUCUUUUGUAUAGUUCCAAUCAAAUUAAAACUUCUACUUUCGUUUUUUAAAGAGCUUAUGAACUAAAUAUAUAUUGUUAAAAUUUAUUGAAAAGUUUAAAAAACAUUUUUUUCGGGGUUCUUAUGUUUUUAAUACCAAUAAUUUCAAAUUCUCAUUAGUCUUAUGAGACAAUUUAACAGUUUUAGUUUGUUUACUUAUGUUUUAAACAGAUAUUUUUUUUUUUAAUCGUGUUUUUAACAACCUAGUUUUUUUGUUUACAGUUAAUAUGAAUUUAUUUUGUAAUGGUACAAUCAAUUUAGUUAACUAAAACAUUUAAAUGAUUAUUUAAUUGAAUUGUAUAUAAUUGUUGUUUUUACUUCACUUAGUAACGUUUUAUUUUAAGAUCAUAUAAAAUAUAA